GAUACGCGAUAGGCGAUACAUUGAUUCCAUAAGCGACAAAACAAGUUUUAAAUUACGAAUAUUAAGAAUUUUGUUUUUGUUUUGUAUGGUGAUGUGUUAUUAAAUAUUUCUGUGAUCCAAACGAAUAUUUAGUAAAAUUAAGUCAUUAGUGGUGGUAUUAAACAACAAUAACGAAAAUGGUAUACAAAAUUUCUGACCAUGUCGACAGCAUCACAGUGGGACAAAUUAUGGAAGCCAAGUUCCACCAAAUCAGCACAUCGGAAAACAACGAGGGAACCGAUAAAGCUGAGGUUAGGAGGAUAUGGAAGAAUGUGAUGCUGAUCAAUUUAGCGUUUAUGGUCCACUUUACGGCAUUUUGGGGGGCUUCGAAUUUACAGAGCUCUGUAAACGCCGAAGGUGCUUUAGGUACCUUUACUCUAGCGAGCAUUUAUGGCUCUUUAUUGAUCUCAAAUAUUUUGUUACCAGCCUUAGUCAUUAAAUGGUUGGGUGCCAAAAGGACUAUAGCAGUAAGCUUUAUAAUGUACAUGCCAUUCAUACUGGCCCAAUUUCAUCCGGCCUUUUAUACGUUAAUACCAGCUGGUCUCGCUGUAGGAUUCGGAGGAGGACCUCUAUGGUGUGCUAAAUGUACGUAUCUGACGAUAAUAGCGGAAACCUAUGCCCAAAUCACUGACGUAGAAGCCGAAGGUGUAAUCACCAGAUUCUUUGGGAUAUUUUUCAUGUUUUUCUCGUUUGCGCAAGUUUGGGGAAACUUGAUCAGUUCUGCAGUACUUUCAUCUGGAGACAGCGAAACUCCAUUACCACUCUCAACAACUACCGAAGCUUUGAAUCCAAAAAGCUUGUUUACGAACGCAACAAAAGCUGUGCAGAAAACUGAUACCGAUCUAGGGGAUAUAUGCGGGGCAAAUUUUUGCCCCGGUUACGCUUCUGCCGAAGCCGUUCCAAAUCUAGCUCCACCACCAGCGUAUAAAAUCAAUCUGAUCGCAGCGAUUUACUUCUUCUGCAUGGUGGCUGCCGUCCUCAUUGUUACUUUUGGAGUGGACAAGAUGUCACGAUACCGAAAGGGAAGAAAAGUUGCUGAAAACAAAAUUACUGGAUGGAAUCUUCUCAUUGUCACCUUAAAACAUGCCAAGAAACCUCUUCAAUUAUUGAUGUUGCCCAUAACAGUGUUGAUUGGUGCUGAACAAGCGUUUCUGGCAGCAGAGUUUACUUCGGCAUUCGUAUCCUGCGGUUGGGGCAUCAGCAAUAUAGGUUACGUGAUGAUUUGCUUUGGAGCCUGCAACGGAAUCGCGUCCAUCUGCUCAGGAAGUAUAGUAAAAAUAACCGGCAGAAGACCACUCAUUGCUUUUGCUUUGGUUCUACACGUAGCCCUUUUAGUGACGCUUCUCUACUGGAGGCCCAGUGCGCACAACACCUGGAUAUAUUUUGUGGUUUCUGGACUUUGGGGUGUCUGUGAUUCCCUGUGGUUGGUACAAAUUAACUCCUACAGCGGAAUUCUCUUUCCUGGCGAAGAAGAAGCUGCCUUCAGCAACUUCCGUCUGUGGGAGUCUACAGGGUCAGUCAUAAGUUACAUCUGGAGUCCAUAUUUAUGCGUACGAACUAAAAUCUAUCUCCUUAUGGGACUUAUUUUUGUUGGAGUGUUAGGAUACACAGCUGUUGAGUAUAUUCAGAGUAAAAAUGGUAGACAACUGGAUCUGCAAGAAGAUCCUAAGAAGCAGUUCGAGAUGAUUGACACACGGAUACCAUCUAGAGAAGUUGCUGAAUAAAGAUAUAUACUUAGAGUUUGAGUGUUUUUCUUAAACGUGAAAAAAUAUAUGUUACUGCCUAAUUUUAUAGGUAUUUUCGACUCAUGGAGUAUUAUUUUUUAUUUUUUGUAACUUGAAAUUAUUGUAAAUAUAAAACAAAAAAUAUUA